AGAGCUGCUCCGCGCUGGGACAAUCCGUUGCUAGCUAGCGGCUAACUUAGCUAGCUAGCGAGCUAACUGUGCUAGCUGUGUCCCAGCCUCACAGCCCCUCGAGCUAACACGCACCAAAUGUUUGCUAGCAGCCUCAUAUAACCGUGAAGGUUUCACACGGAGCAGCUGAUCUGAAAUAAGGUCGAUUUAAGUUAAAUAUCGCAAGUUUUAGAUAAGUUGUUGGUCAAGAGAAGAUAGACUUAAAGUGUCAAGCUAGUAAGACAUUUUCGGUGUCUUUCAAAAUAAGAGCGCAGUGUAUACAAAGUCUUUUCAGAAACAAGCUACAGAGGUGGGUCUCAUGUCUACAGUAAGGGACUGUUCUUUACAGGGGGGGUGUGACUCUUUAUUUAUUUAUGUAUUUAUUUUGCUCCUCCUGAGCUACAAAUAUUUUCCCUUGAGCCCCUGUGUGGGUUUACACUCGUCAUGCAGUGCAGUUUGUACCUGGCCAAAUUUUAAAUGGGACGUAGAAGAAAGCGAUUUUGAUGACAGAAGUUUGUCACACAUGAUGUGUGUUUUAACAGUUUCUGGCUGAAAUAAAUGUUGCAACUAACUCGCCCAUAGGCAUGUUUGAAAGGCUUGUUUUCUUUAAAACACCAGCGGUAAAAUAAAUACAGACUACAACCAUUUAAAGUUGCAUGCCCCUCUCCUAAGCCAGAAUAAAAACACAAGUCCCUCCCCUUUGUUUAAGAAAUUAUUUGACAUGCCUCCCCCUUUUCUGCACCACUCCCUUCCUCCUUUAUAACAGUCCCUAACGUCCAAUUUACAAUUAUACCGUUAGAUUGAAACAGUGGUAAAUCGUCUCUCCAAAUGUGUAACAUAAAACUUUUGCUUAACUUUACAUCAGAGCUGAUAAAAUUAUUUGAUUGUUAUUGUAUACAGCACUUAUAACUUAAAGUCCAGUUUACUCCUAUAGUUCACGUACUGUAACUGUGCCAUGAAGGGCAAAGAGUGUGCAGGUUGGAGAUGCAGCCGACCGCCACUGUAAGGGACUGUUCAUUACUUAUGACAGGUGAGGGGUCGGUGCAAAAUGGUGCAGGCACUUAAAAAAAAAUGGAAUUAUGUUUCUUAUUUUGCCUAGGAGAAGGAUUUUUAUGUUUAAAUUGUCUAAUUUUGUAUUUAAUUUUAAUACCCUUGAAACCCAUAAACUUGCUAGUGGUGUAAAAAGCAGGUUUGCUUUAAUGAGUGUGUGUGAUGUGGAGGCUUAAUAACUUUUGUUGGUUUUGUGUGUGGCGGUCAUGCAGCCAUAUUCUGCUGAGUGCACACAGCUUGUGUCAUGAUGCGAUUUUUAAGGAUUUGCAUUUUGCUUAAGAAGUUAGCUGUUUGUUUAGGUGAAAACUCACUCCCGUGCUGUUUACAUAUUUGCUCUAUACCCACAUUUCGUGUGAAUUAGAGGGUGACACAUAAGUAAAUUGUCACUCCAGUCCCAUCCUGCUCCCAAAAAAUAACUCGUCCUGUCCCAAUCCCAUGUUAUAUUUUUAUAAAUAAUAUAGCAUUCAUUCAAAGCUGCAUAUUCAUAUAUAAAAACUAUGCAUAUUCAAUCAGCUAUAGAGUACAGCAUGAUGCUGAAUUAAGAAAUAACUUCUGACAACAGCUAAAACAACUGUACACAUUUAUUUUAAGAUAUUUUCACAAUAUUUUUUUUGUAAUUUUUAUGUUCUUGUACAUUUUUAUUUCACAGUUUUUUUCCAUAUUUUUAUUGUAAUAUUUCUAUUCUAGCCUGUAUUUUAUUCUUAACUGUUGUGGUACUUUUUACCUUUACAUUUGAUUUCCUUUCCUCCUAAUAUGUUUCUUGUAUGCACCUUUGUUGUAAAUGAAAACCUACUUUGUAAUUAACCUUAUUCUGAUUCGAACUGAUACAACAAUGUGUCGAAUAAAUCGCACUGGCUGAGUUCAUUAGCUUGAUGCUAACAUACAAUAGGAAUUACCAUGAAUUGGCUAACAGUAAUUAGCAUCGUGAUAAUAUUAUAUUAACAAAUGAUGCAUUUUACUUGACAUGCUUAACGUAAAAUGACGUGUUCUCACACAUAUAUUCCCUGUGUUCUGUGGAAACAAAGUAAUAGCUGCUGACUCACUUUAUAUUAAUAGGUUAUUAUAUGAUUCCCGUCUGAUCUGUCCAGUUGUCUUUUUCUCCUGUCCUGUCCUAGUCACGUAAUGAAUAGAAAAAUUGAGUCCCAUCCCGCGGGAAUCCCACAGAAAUCACGUGACCCACAAGAUUCCCGAAAAGAUGUCAGUCUCUAGUGUGAUUUUACAAAAAUGUGGUUAUUUAUGAUGGAGAGAGGGUCAUGCAUUUUCCCGUAUCACUCAGGGCAGCUGUUCUUGACCCAGUAAUAUUUAUUUCUAAAACUUCUGUCUGCCGGCUUCUUGUUCCUGCUGCUAUUGUUAUUGCUCUGCCAGUCUGUCUUUGUAUAUUUGUUGUUAUUUGUUGCAUUACUUAUUUUAUUUUUGCUGAUGUUGCAUUGUCCGUCCUGCUGCAUGUGUGCGCUACUUUUGUUGUUGCUGUACUAUGUGAUGCUGCUCUCUGUUAGCCACUUUAUGCUAUUUGUCUUUUAUGUAAUGCACGUUGUAUGUGUUGCUGUUUCUUUUAUCUUUUGAUACCCCUCUAAUCCCUUUCCCCUUCUCCUCAAGAGGCUCUUGCCUUUUGUCAGGCCGCCAUUGUAAAUAAGAAUCUGUUCUUAAUGACUUGCCUGGUUAAAUAAAGGUUAAAUAAAAUAAAAAAUAAAGGGAAACUCAAGGAAACAUAUUGUAGUGUGAGGGAGAGUCAUGAUAAAAUAAUAAUAAUGAUGAUUAUAAUAGUAAUAAUGAAGUCACACCCCUGCCUCUUCUGAUAAAUAGAGUACAGUCCCUAAGUCAAUGCUUAUUGUUCAGAAGUAAAGUUUUAAUAGUUGGAACUGUUUUUUGUCUGUCUUUCUGUUCUUGUGGGGAUAUAAUCUAAGCCACAGAGAGGUUAUUACUAUUAUUAUUGUUGUUGUUGUUGUUGUUAGAGAAACCAUACAAAUUUAAAAAACUGGACAUUGUCUUUAGAUGCCACGAAUGCUUUUAUUUUUUAAGGUUGCAUUGUAUCGCUUCCGCUUUCUGUCUGUCUCGCGCUGGCUACCUUGACACAAGUAGGUAGCAGCAGGCAGCUAUCGGUGUGAGGCUGGAGCUCAGCUCAGGGGAACCAGCCGGAGUUGAUGGUGUUAGCUUAGCCACCAUAGCCUGCUAGCGAGUCAUCUGCUGUUGUAUGUCUGCCAGCAUGCUAAUGGAGGCAGCUUAACCGCGACACACUGCAGCACGUCUCCUGUGUGACUCUGUAGAGGUCCAGCCGAGCUGAACUCCGCGGAGCCAUGCGACAGUGGUGUGUCCCCGCUGCGACCCCGCGCACUGAACCACUCCCGGGGCGCCUGUCUGUGUCACCCCCUCCUCCAGAUGCCAGGAUGGAGUGCUGUGAGGUGGAGCCGCGCUACACCAUCGAGCAGAUCGACCUCCUGCAGCGCCUGCGUCUAUCCGGCAUGACCAAACCUCAGAUCAUCCACGCUUUGGAGUCCCUGGAGAGGCUCGACCCGGACCACCGCCCGUCGCACUGUGACUCCCAACCCGCCCAGUCCAACAACACCCCCACCACAGCCGCUCCGGCCCCGUCCUCAUCUUCAUCCUCCUCCUCCUCGCUCUCCCUAGCCUCUGCUACCACGCAGACCUCCGGCCUUGACGGCGCCGCUCUGUCCCCUAGCAAUAGCUACGAGGCCUCGCCUCCGCCCCUCUACCCUCCCAGUGUGGCGGUCCAGCGGUCAUUCAGCUACGACAUGAUGGGAGAGGAGGAGUGGGACCUGGAGGAGAAGGUGGAGGAGUACAUGAGGAGAGACAGCAACCUGGUGAAAGAAGAGAUCAAAACUUUCCUCAACAAUCGCAGGAUCUCUCAGGCCAUCGUAGGCCAAGUUACAGGCAUCAGCCAGAGCUACAUCUCUCAGUGGUUGCUGCAGCAGGGCCUGGAGAUGAGCGACUCCAAACGCAGAGCUUUCUACCGCUGGUACCUGCUGGAGAGGAACAACCCAGGGCUGAGGUGGAGUGAAAGCCAGCACAGCGUGAGCCCCAUGCCCAGGGCCAGGGGAGGGGACAGAGACGGGACGGUAGCAGGGGCAAGCGGCAGCCUCCCCAACCCCAACACCAACCUCAACCCCAACCCAGUGUGGAGCAGGCAGAGAGAGCUGCUGAUGCACUUGCUGCCAUGGUACACUGCUGCUGCUGCGGCCGCCCAGGCCCAGCCAGGGGCCACCUUGUCAAUGCGGUCUCUGGUGAAGGAGGAACCUGAUUGGAGGACAGGGAUCAUGGCAGGCGACAGAGCAGGGAUGGUGGGCGGACCUCUGAGGCUGCGCAGAGGAAGCCGGUUCACCUGGAGGAAGGAGUGUCAGUCAAUCAUGGAGAGCUUUUUCAUGGAGAACCAGUACCCAGAUGAAGCCAAGCGAGAGGAGAUUGCCAACGCCUGUAACUCUGUCAUUCAGAAACCAGGCUGUAAGCUGUCAGAGUUUGAGCGUGUGACGGCGUUGAAGGUGUACAACUGGUUUGCCAACCGUCGGAAGGAGAUGAAGAGAAGAGCGAACAUCGCUGCCAUUUUGGAAAGCCAUGGAAUUGAGGUGCCAAGUCCAAGCUGCCACUCAAACGGUGAGGAAGGAGAGAUGCACGAGUUUGGCGAUCAGGUGAAUCAUCGGUUCUCAGAGCAGGAAGAGACAUCUUCCCACAGGAUUGCUGACCAACAAGACCCCUCCUCAUUGGCUACUACAGAGGUCGCAGCCCUGCCGAGCCCCACCCCUCAGGUCCUGGAUCAGAAAGACGAGGAUUCAAAAAGGGAGACUGUGGAUGAAGAGUGACCAAAGCCGGUGGAGUUUGGAUCGUAUUUGAAUUUUAAUCAGAUGAAAUAGGAAAACAAUAAGUGUCUCCUCCUCCACACAUGUAGGGCCUUUGGGGCCUGUGGCACCCGAAAAUCAAAGGGAGAGGGGUGCUGAGGCUCGCUGAGGUGCCUCUUAUGGUAAGGAGACCACUGUAUUUAUCAACAGUAAUCCUGCUUAUAUUAACGGCAAUAUACAGUAUAUAUAUAUCAAUAUAUAGUGCAUUCCAAGAUGGUAUUAAAAAGCCUAAAAUCCUUAGAGGGAGAAUUAUGUAAAAGAUACCUCGCCCAUUUUAAGCUAAGCCUUUUCUUGUUUCUUUGCUACAUGCCUUCUUUUAGCCUUUUCAGAGCGCUUGUUUGAUGGACUGUGGUGCCACGAGCGUGCUGAGCCUGCAGGUCAGGUGUGUUUGGGUGUGGGGUUAAAGUACGCUAUCAAGUAUCCAGUUAAUGGUGAUACGAAUGCCCUGCGCUUGCUUGAAUGUCUUUGACCCAUCUGGUUCGUAAGACUCUAACCUCAAUCAAUCGAUUGAUUCAGUCAGUCGAUCAAUCAACGAGUGCUGUUAUCAAAUCCGUAAAGCCCUGAGGGACAACUGGAAUCUCAGGAAAUCCCAAAAAAUGGUGGAUAAGGACAGUGAAGAGUUGUCUUAACAUCCGCUUUUUUUUCUUCAUCUUGAUUUUCCUCAUCAUAACUGUGUUUAACCAAAACAGGAUGUGUUAUUUAUACCUUUUUAUAUUAGCAAGACAAGCCUAAGACAAUAUAUCAUCGUAUCUCUUUGUCAUCGGUCUUCUUUGUUAUACUGAAUGCUGCUGUUUGUUUGGUCAUUUUUGGAGGAUAUCCUCAUUUCAAAGUCUGUCUCAAUCCUCAACUCAGCCAGUGAAGCUAGACUACACACACAGGUCUACUCAGUUUAUGUUUUUAUUUAACGUUUGAAAGAACGCUAAAACAAAUGUGAUCAAAAGUGAUGCGUUAGCUUACACGCUACAAGCACCUUCUCUCCUAUUGGAAUAAGCUAAAGCUUAAGCUCCUGUAAGUUUGUAUGACUGCAAAGCUGCACUUCAAAGUGGAUCUCACUAUAACUGAAAGAGGGAAGCGUUACCGACUACCUGCAUUUGGGCCUCGACAUGUACAUAACCCAGAGAAUAUACACGUCUGUGGGUGCUUUCCUUCAAAUUACAUUAGCACUAUAUAGAAACUGUUAUUUGUCAAACUUGAAUAGCUUCCUUAAAAAACUUCACUUACAAAAUGAUCAUUUGUGUGUCAGUUACUUACUACAUGUGACUUUGAAUUUGUGAAGGAAACUGUUUUUCUCGCAUGUCUUUAUGGUGAACGAAGAAUCCAAAAAAUGCGAACAGUCCUCAUGACUGAAAGUAAACUGGGACCACAUUUAACAACAACAAAACUAUAUCACAAAAACAUCUAUUCACAAACUGUCACAGAACUCAUGCAGUGUAAUCCAAGUCUCAUUUAUCCAGGUCGUAUGCUCAGUGUCUCCCAAACACAAUUCAGAGUUCCCACAGUCAUGGAAAACCUGGAAAAGUCAUGGCAUUUGUAAAAACCUUUGAAAGUUUUGGAAAAGUCGUGGGAUUUUGUUGUGUGUGAUGAAAUUGUUCAGUAAUCUUCCAUGGAUAAGCUUUUAUGUAAUGUGACAUAAAGAAAAAUCUAUUUACUGUAGCUGUCGACAUCACUUAGCUCAGUUACGUGUACCGUUUUGUUUACCAACAGGUAUGUUUGUCAAUUUUUUCCCGUGUUCCGUCUUUCUUCGUCUUUCUGAAUAUAGUAUAAGUCUGAUAUGUUUGAAAAACCCUGGGCAAGUGGGGCAAAAAAAAUAUGAGUCCUGAAAAAGUCUAGGUCACUGUGCUAUGCAGUGUACUUCUGGGGACAUUUUGGUCCCCAGAUUUUGCUGCGGAGUGAGCGCUCCUGUCCGGACAGGAUGGAGCGGUACAGAGGAGGAGAAACAUUCUAGCUCUGAGACAACAUUAUCUUCUCUCUUCUGCUUAGAAGUGGUGAGGUUACAGCUCAGAGCAACUUAAUACGACAGAGUCUCUGGCUUUUGUUUGAUAUCUAGUGUCAGCAAAAAAAUAUUCUGAUCCACUGUUAGUGCCGUCAGCUGGUUUACUAUAUAACAUGGAUGCUGUUGUCACACUGAACGUCCCAAUGAGCCCUGUUCAAACUUUACACCUUUAUAAAGGAAAAAAAACAAAGGACGAAUAGUUGAAUAUUUGUAUUUAACGGCCAAAUCUGAUUUGACUGACAUAAUUGUCAGUUGGGUACAGCCCAAAGAAAAGUCAUGGAAAAGUUUAGAAAUUUUGUCCAUAAAAAUGUGUGAAAACCCUGACACAUGCAUUCUCACUAAAACAUAAAGAUUUAAAACACUCAAGCCGUGAGCAUUUUGCGCCACUUGGCCGUUCAUUAGACUGUUUGUACUGACAUGUUUUAAAUCGAAAUUUUUCUGCCCCCAUGCCAGUGACAGCUGUGGCCGCAGGCAUCCAGUUUUCUGGUUGUCCAUCCGUCAAUCCAUCACAUUCUCUUGAAUAUAACAUCUCCAGAACCCUUGAGGCAAUUUUUUCAUAUUGGGCAUAAAUGUCCACUUGGACUCAGUGAUGAACAGAGUAGAAUUUGGUGGUCAAAGGUCAAGGUCACUGUGACUGUGUCCAUCUUAUUCUCAAGAACGCAAUAUCUCAAGAACACCCUGAGGAAAUUUCCUCAAAUUUUUGGCAUAAAUGUCCACGUGGACUCAAGAAUGAAUUGAUUUGAAUUUGGUGGUCAAAGGUCAGUGUGACCCCACAAAAAUGUCAACUUCACUGUGACAACAUCAUGUUUUCUGGCCAUUAUUCAACGUCGUAUCUCAGGAACAGAAGGAGAGACAUUUGGGCAGAUACAGAAUUUGUGACACAAAUUUUUUGAAACUGUGCUGAUUGUAUAGAUCCUCUGUGCUGUUGGGUUGAAGACGUGUGUGAAGCAUCUUCAUUUUAGAAUAUGAAGUUUCUUUGCAGCAACAUCUGUACUUUUUGUCGACUGUCAUAGCUACAUAUGAGUCUGGACGGACAUGGAUGUAAAUUGUAACUUAACUGGUUGGCAAAGGCAUACAACCAUGAGGUGGCAAUUGUAGUUUAAAUGCAUGUGUUUGGGAGACACUGAGCAUACGACUGGAUAAACGAAACUUGCAUUAUACUGCUCGAGUUGUGUGAGGGUUUGUAAAUGGAUGUUUUGAUACAGUUUUGUGUGUUGUUAAACGUGCUCAUCGUUUACUUCAAUUCAUGAAGCAUGUUCGCCCUUGAUGGAUCCUCCGUUCAUCAUAGAGGUAUGCAAGAAAAACACAUUUUUCUUCAGUAAUUCAAGGUAACACACGACGAGUAGUUGUUACACAAAUGCUCAUUUUGCAGGUGAAGUAUUCCUUUAAACUCUGCAUUACUUAGUCCCCUAUAUUUACUGGCCCAAGGCCGUGGGAGUUACUCCCCAAAUGUCCAUGAAAUGGACAAAGGCGCUUGUUCUUGGCCCCCAACAGGGUGCUACCAUGUUACCUCCUAAUGCCAAAGCUAUGCCAAGGUAGAGAUGAGCUACUGUGCUCCCAGGAACAGGAUAUGACACAGUCACGACACUAUAGAUAUACAGUACAUAGAUGUUUAUUUGCUCAGUACAACACUAGCCAACUCUAGCUUACCUCAGAAUAUCUCUGUGUCAUGAAUGUGUGACGGGCUAUCUGUCAUACAAGUGACAGCAGCCAUUAUUGUGACUGUUGACGAUACGGACAGUGUUAUGUAGCAUUUAUGACAGUGGGGUUUGCCCUGUGUUGUUAAUAUAUACUCACCUCAGACAGUUCUCUCGUCCGGCUUUGGACAGGAACCCCAAAGCUGCACGCUGUUUCUGAUUAUUCUGCUCCUCUAUCUGCUUUUAUCGAGAAAACAAUAACAAUAAUAAAAUUGUAAACAACG